AUGGCGGCGGCGACAUCGUCGCGGCGCCGGUCGCGGGACAGUGCAACAGCGUCGCCCCUGGAAUCGCUUCCGCCGGCGACGCUGGACGAGAUCCUCUCCCACCUCCCCUUCCGCGACGCCGCCCGCACCUCCGUGCUCUCCCGCGCCUGGCGCCGCCGCUGGGAGACCGUCCCUUACCGCUUCCUCGACUGGCCACUCGGGAUGCCCGCAGAUGCCAUUGACCACGUCCUUGCACACUGCGCCCAGCCCGUCCACGAGUUCCGCCAUCCCCACGUCCCGGUGCCGGACUUUGGCCGCUGCGACCACUGGCUUCUCCGCCUCGCCGCCGUGGGAGUCCGAUUCGAUUGGUCGAAUAUCAUUGGAAUAGAUGAGGAAGUUGUCACGUUCCCACGUAUCCACAUGCUCCACUCCUGCAUCUUCUCCUGCCGCCAGAUCGCCACUCUUGACCUUGUCGGCUGUGACAUCCCAGCCCCACCGCCUUGCUUUGUGAGGCUCCCAAGUCUAACCACGCUAACACUAUCCAAAGUCGGAUUUCCGCAAGGUGUCAAAGGGUUGGAGGCACUCAUCUCGCUUCGAACCCUGCAGCUUGAGGAACUGAGUAUUCCUGCAGUCCAGGUUGACGGUGGGAGAGUGUACGAGCAAUGGGUUAUUAACGCGCCCAAUCUCCAGCGUCUUCACAUCAUUUCAAUGUAUUAUUACGGGUGGCAUUUCAGUGGUCUCCCCUUCCUUGAGGUAGCAGAUAUGUCAGGCUUGGGCUCUAGAUACCAUGUUAACGAUCGAGAUUUUUUGAACCUCAUCUCUGGCUUGGAUCAAGCUAGGGAGCUCAAGCUCAGUAUUCCGUUUACAUGGAAUAAUGCUCUUAAGGGACUGCCACCAUCCUUUGAAAAUCUGAAGUGUUUAUCGCUCCAGACACAACUUCCCUUUCCAGCUAGCAUUUUUAAUAUCUUAUGUGUUGUCAAGAAUGCUCCUAAACUUGAAGUUUUGGAAAUUGAGCUCAUGGUGUAUGUAAAUACACUUAUGGAAGUAGGGAUUGAUUUUCUGUAUGGGCAGUGUGCUGCUGAUUUGUUCUCCAAUCUCACAAAUGUCCGUAUGAAAGGUGUCAUCUGUGAACGCAAUGAGAUGCUUUUCAUUGAGCUGGUUCUGUCCAAGGCAAGACAACUUGAAGCGUUUGACGUCUGUCUAUCCAGAGACUGUUCAAGAUCUGUUGAAGACGCGUUGGCUGAGGUGGCACAGUAUGGAAGAGCUUCUCCAGGAGCUAAUGCUACUAUCAGGCAUAAUUAA